AUGGAAGACUUCCACUACCUUAUCAAAUGGAUGCGGAGCAAGGGAUUCAAGCUCGAUAAAUUUCCAAUAACAGCUUACGAGUUCGACGAUACUGGCAGAGGAAUUAUGGCAACUGAAGAUAUCGAUGCCGGAUCGCGCGUUUUAGAAGUUCCAGAAAAUAUCAUUUUGCUUUGGGUUCUUCUUUUCCUUAUCGCAAUAAGUUAA